AUGACAUCAUUGGACAUCAUCGAAGAAUCUACAUCAAAUGAAGUAACUAAGGAAGAGAAUCUCGCCGUCGAAGAACCUAGAUUAAAUGAAGUUACUAAGGAAGAGAACCUCGUCGAAGCAUCGCAAUCAGUUUCAUUAAUAGAUGAUCAACAACCAUCUCAAAAAAACAAUUUAUCCGUUGAAAUAAAUAAAGACAAUACCAACAUCGAAGAUGUUGAUAGCAAAAAAAUUGAAAAACAGUCUGAUGAUACAAAAACAGAAAGUUCAGUUGCCGAUGAAUUAUCGUCAAAUAAAGAAAAUAUUCGCGACACAAAUUCAAAAACCCCACGUAGCGUUAACUUUAAAAAGGAAGUGAAUGACACACGUUCCCAGCCGACCAAAAAGCUCGAUCAGUCGAAUGAUGAUACUCGAUCACAAGUAGAUGAUAUUCGUCCUCAACUAACCAAAAAGCUCGAUCAGUCAUAUUCGUCCAAAAAUCGUUCACAAUAUAAUCGUCCAAUUGAUUUUGUUGAUGCUUUAGUAAACAGUUAUAAAGUCGAAACAAAUAUUCCAUACACUAGUAAUAAUGAAGAGAAAAAAUAUGUACCAAAAACAUCUCAUACACGUUUAAAUCCCAACUGGCGUGAACAUCGUACACGACGUUUAAUGAACAAAUUAGAAGAAUUAAGUUUAUGGGAUCGUGAGGAAGAAAUGAAAUAUAAACAAGCCGAAUGGUUACGUGAGCAAAAAUGGGAACAAAUACAAGAUCGUCAACGAAAUCAUGAUCUAUGUUUCAAUUUGAUGAAAGCGAGACAUGAAAGUGAAAUGGAAAGUGCAGUCACAUUAGAUAAUCAUCAAAACGAUGAUUUUAAUACAAGAAACACAAUACUUAAAACAUUACAAUUAUCUUCACUCAAUAAUGUAAUAGAUUACGACAUACCUAUGCCGCCCCAAACACUUAAACGUCGUGUUAAACAACAAUUACAACAAGAUCAAUCCGAUCAUUUGGAACCACGAACACCUAUCGGUCGUUAUCGUCAAUUUGAAUCAACUAUGGAACAUAAAAUGGAUAAAAUAAAUGAUAAAUUAAAACCCGAUACGGAGAUAAUGCGUGCCUAUGGUCAUCAUGCCUAUAUCCCACCGGUACCAGUAUUGUUUAGUGAAACAUAUGGUAGACUAUUAACCAGUCCAUCAUCCUAUGAAUCACCUUCACCAUCAGCAUCGUCAUCCUCAUAUCGUUCGAAUUAUUUACAUGGGAAUGAGAGAUUUUCAUCCCCUGAUUAUGAAACAAAAUUACGUUCAUAUUCAAAACGAGAUGUACGCGUACCAUUAAAAGAUCUUGAAACAAUUCAUUCAUCUUAUUAUGAUCAGAGUGGUGACGAUGACAAUAUUAGUGAUUAUUAUCCGUCAUCGUAUCGUAUUGGUAGUGGUGUUGGUUUACAAAAACAACGUUCGCAUUAUAGUCCACCAAAACGAACAACAGCAUCGGCACUCUACGAUUGUUCAAUGACAACACCGAGAAAUUAUGAUGAAGAUUAUUAUUCACCAAAAUCAUACCAUCAUUCGACAUCUGCUGGUGAUUCAUUAUUAAAAACAACAAAUAAUCAUACUAGUAUACAUGAAAGAAGUUUAAAUGAUGAUUUAAAUACAAUUUCACGUUUUUCAUUAGAAACAUCAAAAAAAAUUCUACAAAAUCUUGGCAGUACUAGUGGUAAAGAUGAUUUACUCAAUGGUGGUGGUCUAUUAAAAUCUAAGAAUUCUGCCACCAAUAAUGGCCAUGGUAAUAAUCGAAAACAUGUUACAUUUAGUGAAGAACGAUCAUUUGGCUCCGAUUAUAAUCGUGAUGAUUACAUAAAAUUAGGAAAACGAGAUGGAGGAGAUGGAAGAGAUGGAAAUAAAAAUUCUUAUUCAUCAUCAACAAAAUAUCCUGAAAUUAUUUCAUUAACAUCAAUGAAAUAA